AUGAAAUCAAAAUCACAAAUGCGAACACGUGAAUCAACACCAAGAUUACCAUUAUCAAGUGAACGAUCUGUAUAUUUAACUAAAUUAAUUGCAGAUUUUAUCAUUUAUAAUUAUCUUCCUUUAUCAAUUGUCGAAAGUCCUCAACUACAAGGAAUUUUUCAAGAUAUGUAUUCUGAAAUUCGACAAAAUGUUUAUAAUGAAUUACAAUUAGCACCUGGUAUUUGUUUAACAACAGAUAUCUGGACAUCUCAAGCUAAUCAAGCUUAUAUGACUGUUACGAAUAUAUUGGAACCUUUCGAAGCAGCUACACGUAAAUUAGCAUCUGAUUCAUCACCAACAAUAUCAAUUGUUUUACCUGUUAUUACAACUUUGAUUACAAGUCUUGAAUAUCGAGAUGCUGAUUCUUCUUUUCAGAAGAAAGUCAAGGAUAAUUUACGUUUGAGUAUCCAAGAAAGAUUUGAAGAACUCUCUGGAGAUAAACUAAUUUUAUUAUGUACAGUGUCGGAUUCACGUUGGAAAGAUUUUUCGUUCCUUAAUCGUUCAUUAUAUCAAAGUCAUAAUGAAAUAUUAGUUGUAUGA